CCAAUGAAUUUGCGAAAUUAAUAAACCUGAUGAUAAUAACUCAAGAACGUUUACUCUAGCCUAACGGGGGUUUCUUUACUGCUUGUAUUAUAAGUAAGAGUUAGUAAGACUAGGAGGAGUGUAGAGUCGAGAUCUAUUUUGAAGCUAGAUCUACAAAGCAGAGAGAAAAAAUGUCUGAGUACUGGAAGUCUGUUCCUAGAAAGUUUUGUGAUUUCUGUAAAUGUUGGAUCACAGACAACAAACCAAGUGUUGAGUUUCAUGAGAGGGGCAAAAGACAUCAAGAAAAUGUUGAACUUCGUCUUAAAGAGGUUAGAAAGAAAAGUCUUCAGAAAUCAAUUGAAGAUGAACAGAUGUCGAAAGAUAUGGAAAAAAUGGAAAAGGCUGCACUUGAGGCAUUCAAGAGAGAUCUAAAAGAGAACCCAGAACUUGCUGCCAAGUAUGGUGUCUCUUUAGAACCAAAACCAGACAAUGCACAAAAGCAGAGUUCACUUGGAACUCCCAGUGAUAAACAGAGUAAAGAAUCAGAAGCCACAAAUAAAAAAAGUAAAAAAAAAAGUAAAGAAUCAGAAGCUGCUGGUAAAAAAAGUAAAGAGCCCAGUGGUAAAGAAUGGUUUGAGACUGCUACCCCAGAUGGUCACCAAUAUUACUGGAGUACACUCACAGGAGAAUCCAGGUGGGAUGCACCAGAUGAUUUUCUAUCCAUAGCAGAACAAGAAGAGUUGAAAAGUAAACAAAGUUCUAAUUCCAAAACACCAAAUGAUAAUUCAACUGAUCCAGUUUCUAAAGGCAAUGAACCCGUGACAAAGAAAACAAAGGAACCUCCCAAAAGAACCAUAUUAGACCCCAAACACAACAGGUCAGCUUAUGGCUCAUGGAGUGUUGUCAAAGAAGUGAAACAACCCAUUGUUUAUGAUGAAACAAGUGCUGCUCCAUCAUUAGAAGAAAUUCCUUUACCACUGGAACAUUCAAAUGGACCUCCAAAAGAGAGAGCACCUAAAUUCAAAGAAAAGACAGUUACCUCCCUGGGUAGUUCAUCUGGUGAGAGUGUUGUUUUUAAAAAACGGAAGAUAGCAGCAGGAGCAAGAAAUACCAGACAAAAAGACAAUAAUGACUGAGUGUUAGGAAAUGAUGCUUAUACAGAC